GACGGCGCUGUGACCCUGCGGAACCCGAGCUGACCCUGCCAGGCAACAGAGUGACGACGACGUGCUAACGAGUUAGCCGGUUAGCCACCGCUAUCUAGUGUGUGCGCGGUGGAAGGGUUGAUUUAUGUAUGAUAUAGAGUGAUACUCCAGGAUAUACUGUGUUUUAUUUUUAGGUUAGCCACCCAGGUCAGUUUAAUUAUGCCCAGCAAAAAGAAGAAAUACAACGCCAGGUUCCCUCCGGCAAGGAUUAAGAAGAUUAUGCAGACAGACGAAGAAAUAGGCAAAGUUGCUGCAGCAGUACCUGUUAUUAUUUCGAGAGCGCUGGAGCUUUUUUUGGAAUCGUUGCUUACAAAGGCUUGUCACGUCACGCAGUCAAGGAAUGCAAAGACAAUGACAACAUCGCAUCUAAAGCAGUGUAUUGAGCUGGAGCAACAGUUUGAUUUCUUAAAAGACCUGGUGGCAACGGUGCCCGACAUGCAGGGCGAGGGGGAAGAGAACCACACCGAGGGGGGAGGAGAAAAGGUCCCGCGCAGGGGUCGAAAACCAGGAUCUGGCCGUAAGAAUGGAGGGGCUGGCACCAAAGGCAAGGACAAGAAGUUGUCUGGCACGGAGUCGGAACAAGAGGACGACUCUGAAGACAGCGAGACCGACGGAGACGAGGAGGACGGCUCUCAGUCAAGCACAAAUCUGCAGGCUGCAUCCAGGUUCCACAGCUCAAACGCACCCCCGCAGUACAUGCACAUGGGCAACAUGGUCUCGAUGGGCAGCAUGGCUCCAGCACAGCCCCAGGCCUUCGCCCCGCACCCCUCCAUGAUAACCGUGGCACCGCCUCCCCCAGCCCCCGCGCCGCACAAAAACGAGGAUGACGACGAUGAAGACUAUGACUCUUAGCUCCCCCUUCCCUCCCUUUCCACACACUCACACACGCACACAGUCUUUCAAACAUAAUUUUUUCGAUUUUCUUAAUUUUGUUCUUGCGGCGGGCGCUCUGAGCAGAGGAGGGAAAGACUCUUCACCGCAGCCCACAGACAGAAACGCCUUCAGCAGCCGGCUGUAGGAGACACCGCCGCAGGAGACUGAAGCCUGGUUGUAAAUUAUGUGUUUUAAUUUUCUUUUCUUUCUUUCUUUCUUUUUUUUUUUUUUUUUUUUAAAAAAGGGUUUAUUUUAUUGUAGAGAAUCCAACGAGGAUGUUUUUUAACCAGUCAGUCGUUCUAUUUUGACUAUUAAAAAAUGGCAGUCGUCACUGUUUUUUUUUUUUUUUUUUUUUUUUUUUGCCAUGAGCCCCCCGCAGGCAGGAUAGGUGUGGUUUGUGUUGCCUUGUAGCUUAUUUUCUUUUGGCACUUUCCUUUUCUUCCUCAAUCCUCUGUAGUGGACAUAAUGAAGUGAACACAUCAGUCACUUAAACCCUCAGGUCGGCUGAAAUUCUUCAAGCGGUAGUUAAAAAGUCUUAUUAGAGCCUCUGAUGCUCACGCGAAAGGCAGCUAGUCGAGGUGAGCUUGGGGGGGCGACAGUCCGUGACGUAUCUGGAAGGAGAUCAGCACUUGUCGAAGGGAAGAGGUCACCGUCUCACCCAUGAAGUGUUCUAUUACUAUGUUAUCGAUCGGCUAUGAAAUGCUGCUGUUAAGAUGCGAGCCCGACUUCCCGGCUUUGUCACAACUUGCUCGUCUGUCCAAUUGUCAGGCUGUAACAUAAACAAGGAAGCAGGUGUAUUUUUACUAUAGGUUAGCCAGCCACAGCUUAUUUUGAAUUAGUUUCUAUUUUUAAUUCCCGUUUUUAUCAAAAGAACUGUUAGACCUCCACGACUACAGCCCCUGAAGUCAACCAUAUCAGCAGCUUAAUGAUAUUCAUCAUAUUCUGUUUGUUGUUUUGGAGGCUGUCAGAGGUCAGCUCCUCUGGCUGUUGGACCUCGUAAAUUAUUUUAUACGACCAUCAAACCCCCCAUCAGAAGUAUACUGUGACACUUGGACCAUAACUUU